UUUAAAAUAGGAAGACAUUGCCCAUUUUGUUUUGUUUCCUAUGGGGAAGGCUUAGACAAGAACAAGGUUGAUGAAAGGAAGUCAGAAAAGAAGCUGCUUGCUGCCAAGGGGACAAAAGGAGCCGUUUGCCUGGAGAGGGACAGUGGAGAAGAAAAGCAGUGGACUGAUUCAGAAACGGCAAGACAUCAUGACUGACUGGCCAAACAUCCAAAGGAAAGUCAAAAAUCAGCCUUGGUUUUCUGCCUCAGACAACUGAGAUGUCUGUUAUUCUAGCUCUCGGGUCAGCCUUGUCUCUAAACACUGGGCACACUGGGCUUCCUGGGUUCACCUACCCAAGCCCUCAUGCUGUUUGGUGACAUCAGGGCAUGCAUGCAGCUAUCUUCACAAAGGUAGAUGAUGUGAAGGCAGUCACUGCCAAUCCCACCCUUCAUUGCUACACUCUUGGCUUUGCCUGCCUGUAAAAAGGCAAGUUGGGUUGUGUCUCUCAAACCAUGACCAUGUGUCCAUGGUGAGCUGUACUCCUUUGUUUGGAGAGCUGAAAGAUCAGGUUUGGAGACAUCUCUAAGGAACAUGGAACAGCUAUAUAAGGAUUACUGUUUCUCUCUGAGAUACUCAGACAAGUCAUUGUUUUCACCAUCAAGUUACUCAUCAGUAAUACAGAGACAGAACCUUGUCUGCUUCCUCAGAAACCCACAUUAUGGGAGCCUUAUUUACGCCGAUGGUCAUGGUGAAGUGUGGACAGAUUGGAACAGCAUGUCCAAGUUUUUUCAGUAUGGGUGGAGAUGCAGCACUAAUGAGAACUCAUAUUCAAAUCGUACUCUGAUAGGCAACUGGAACCAGGAAAGAUACGACCUAAAGAAUAUUGUAAAACCCAAACCCUUGCCCUCCCAGGGCGCACAUGGCUUGGAAAGGUGUAACAAACACUGGAACAAACCUUGCCAUUGGCUAGACCAAAAAGGAAUAAUAGCAUUUCUGCAUGCAGCCAAUACUGAUUGCUGUACAGACACAGAAAUUGAAUAUGACUUUAAAGAAGAGGGUUUUCUGAGUAGAUCAUGCUAUGUCAGAUUAUUAGAUUAUUAG